GUCCGGUUAGUAAUGGGCGAGUUGCUUGAAGAACUGUCAAUUACGAUGAACGUAAUGUGCAUGUAGUAUCAGACAGUUAAAACAGUCUCCCAGUUUAUAAGUUUUGAAUAGCGCCUUGUGUUUAAGACACUUUUCGUCCUCAGAGAUUCCAUCAUGUUUAAAAGAAGACUUCAAGCGUUAGGUUAUGUGGAAUGGGCCAAAGUUAAUGUAAAUGAUCCACAGCACUUUCGUAAAAUAGUAAUAUGGCUUGAGGAUCAAAAAAUACGUCAGUAUGAUAUACAGAUUCGAAAGGAACUACGUGACUUGAAGAGUGAUGCCUGGCUUAAGGUUUUUGCAAAGUAUUGUGCAGAUGUUAAUUGUCCAGUUUCGGGUGAUACUUUGAAUCAACUUGAGUGGCUGAUUGGGCACGCGAUCUGGUUGGAAUCUGAGAAUACCAGUGAGGAUUAUUCCGAAAAUGUGAAAGAGAUGAAACUGAAAAGGAAAAAGGAGGCAAUGCUACCUCAGCUUAAGUCUAAGAAUCCGUUAGACAACUUAGACUUUGAGAGCACCGAGUUCAAGAAGGGAGUGUACUCUAUGGCGAAGGUACUUCGAGUUCCAGAGCUUCCAAAUCAUCUGAUCACAUUAAAGGCCUGUAGUAAAUUAGUACAGAGGAGAUUAAAUGCAGAGUGCCUGCAAAAUCCAGACUCAAAAAUUCUCAAGGGCAAACCGUUCCCGGUGAUGGAGAUUGCUCCUGGCUUCCAGCUAAGCAAUCCAGCUUUGGAUAACGCAGCUAAAUUACUUUCUCUCCUUUACAUUCAGGAUAUCAGAAAUCUGCAAACAAAGAUCAACGAGGUGAUCGUCCGUGUGCAAAACAUUACCGCCAAUCCUAAGACAGACACUAAGUUAGGGAAAGUAGGAAGAUAAACAAUCUCAGAAUAAGUUUCUACUGAAUGUUAAAAAAUUCUGAAACAGAUUGAUAGAACUCUAUAGGACAUUGAGAUGGG